AUGACUGCCGACGUCACCGCCACCCCGGGCGCCAACAAGGAGAAUGUCCCUUCUAAGAGAUGGCCAACUCCUCAGUCCGUUGACAAGUUGCACAAGCCUUUCAAGUGCCCCGGAUCCGCGACGCGAACAAUUUCUACCGAUCGCCCCGCGCGAAAGAAGAGAAAGGUUGAUUACAAGGGCGCUGAUGGAGCCGUCGACGCGGACAAGCCCUGGACCAAUGCCGACAGACUCGCCCUAGCCAACCGGGACGCGAACAAGUUCCCAGUAUUCCAGGUAAAGGACAAGUCGACGAUAUUCCGCAAGGCCUUCUCCAUACCUCUCAUCAACAAGAAUUCGGCCGCCUUCAACCCUAAUCGACCCCCGCCAACCCUUGGUCUGCGCACAGGAGCUGUCUUUGUCGCGAAGCCUCUUCAUGACCCUAGUGGCGAAUUCUCAAUCGUACUUUACGACCCCACUGUGGAUGACAAGCCGAAGGUGCCUGAGAAGAAGGAGGAACAGAAGGAGCCGGAGCGCGAGAAGAUUGAUGCGCCUCUCGUACACAAGAGCUUGUCGGAGAUUCUUGGAAUCAAGAAGAAGGUGGAGGGAGAGCACCCCAGGGUCCCUGUCGUGAUUGAUCCAAGGCUAGCCAAGGUACUCAGACCGCAUCAAGUGGAGGGUGUCAAGUUUAUGUACAGAUGCGUCACUGGCAUGAUCGAGGAGAAGGCGAACGGAUGCAUCAUGGCCGACGAGAUGGGUCUCGGCAAGACACUUCAAUGCAUUACACUCCUGUGGACUCUGCUCAAGCAGUCUCCCGAUGCUGGCAAGUCUACCAUUCAGAAGGCUAUUGUCGCAUGCCCGUCCAGUUUGGUCCGCAAUUGGGCGAAUGAGUUGGUCAAGUGGUUGGGUGCUGAUGCCAUCACACCCUUUGCAAUCGACGGCAAGGCGUCGAAAGAGGAAUUGACUCGGCAGCUGCGCCAGUGGGCCAUUGCCAGCGGCCGAUCCGUUACGCGGCCGGUCAUCAUCGUCUCCUAUGAGACGCUGCGUCUCAAUGUCGAGGAGUUGAAGCACACCAAAAUCGGCCUGAUGCUUUGCGACGAAGGCCACAGACUCAAGAACGGAGACAGCCAGACAUUUAGCGCACUUAACAAUCUGAAUGUCACGCGGCGAGUCAUCUUGUCCGGAACCCCUAUUCAGAACGAUUUGUCUGAGUAUUUUGCUCUCAUCAGCUUUGCCAAUCCCGAUUUGCUUGGAAGUCGUCUGGAAUUCCGCAAGCGGUUUGAGCUGCCAAUUUUGCGUGGACGAGAUGCCGAUGCCAGCGAGGCUGACAGGAAGAAGGGAGACGAAUGUUUGUCCGAGCUGCUGGGUAUCGUCAACAAGUUCAUCAUUCGCCGAACCAACGACAUUCUCUCCAAGUAUCUCCCCGUCAAGUACGAGCACGUGGUGUUCUGUAAUCUUGCGCCCUUCCAGCUCGACCUCUACAACUACUUCAUCACCAGUCCGAACAUCCAGGCCCUUCUUCGUGGAAAGGGCAGUCAGCCGCUCAAGGCCAUUAACAUUCUCAAGAAGCUUUGCAAUCACCCAGAUCUGCUUAACCUUGGAGACGAUCUGCCUGGGUCAGAGAAUUGCUACCCUGAAGACUACGUCCCCAAAGAAGCGCGUGGCCGUGAUAGGGACAUCAAGCCUUGGUACUCGGGCAAGAUGCAGGUGCUUGAUCGCAUGCUGGCUCGUAUCCGCCAAGACACGAACGACAAGAUUGUGCUCAUUAGCAACUACACCUCCACUCUUGACUUGUUCGAGAAGCUGUGCCGUUCAAGGGCUUAUGGAUGUCUCCGUCUUGACGGUACCAUGAACGUCAAUAAGCGCCAGAAGCUCGUCGACAAGUUUAACAACCCAGAGGGCGAGGAAUUUGUCUUCCUUCUCAGUUCCAAGGCCGGUGGCUGCGGUCUCAACCUUAUCGGCGCCAACCGCCUGGUCCUCUUCGACCCUGACUGGAACCCUGCAGCAGACCAGCAAGCUCUGGCUCGUGUGUGGCGUGACGGUCAGAAAAAGGACUGUUUCGUGUAUCGCUUUAUUGCCACGGGCACUAUCGAGGAGAAGAUUUUCCAGCGUCAAUCCCACAAGCAGUCCUUGUCCUCUUGCGUCGUCGAUUCCGCCGAGGACGUCGAGCGCCACUUCUCCCUGGACAGUCUGCGCGAACUCUUCCAGUAUCGACCCGGUACCAAUUCAGACACCCACGACACCUUCAAGUGUAAGCGGUGCAAGCCUGAUGGCAGGCAGUAUAUCAAAUCGCCUGCCAUGCUGUACGGCGACACGAGCACAUGGAACCAUUUCGUCAACGAGGGGCUUAAGCCUAUCCAAGAUUUGCUGUUGAGACAAGAGUGUGGUGAGCCAGAAGUGUCAGCGGUGUUUCAGUACAUCUCGCAUUAG